GUGGUGCUCCGCGGCCACUUCCGGGCCGGGCGUGCCGCCGGCCGCCGCUGUCAUGUUGCGCGCCCUGAAGCGCCUGGCCCCGCGGCCCGGGUGCCAGCCCUCGACUGUGCUGGUCCUGCCCGCGCGCGGCCGCAAAACCCGCCACGACCCGCCUGCCAAGUCCAAGGUCGGGCGCGUGAAGAUGCCGCCCGCAGUGGACCCCGCGGAAUUCUUCGUGUUGACCGAGCGCUAUCGGCAGUACCGGCAGACCGUGGGCGCGCUCAGGCAAGAGUUCGCGUCGGAAGUGCGCAGGAAGGCGUACGAGGCCCGGUCCGGGGUCCUGGCUGAGCGCAGGGUGCGGGAGGCCGCCGAAGAGCACCGGGUGCUCAUGGCCUGGAACCAGGAGGAGAACCGGCGGCUGCAGCAGCUAAGGAUAGAUAGGUUGCAGCUGGAAGCGCGAGACCAGGAGCUGCGACAGGCCGAGGACCAGGCCCAGCGGGCCCGGGAAAAACAGGCUUGGGUGCAACUGAAAGAGCAAGAAGUGCUCCAGCUGCAGGAAGAGGCCAAAAACUUCAUCACCCGCGAGAACCUGGAGGCACGGAUAGAAGAAGCGCUGGACUCCCCGAAGAACUACAACUGGGCCAUCACCAGAGAAGGGCAGGUGGUCAGGAACUGAGCACAGAGGCUCCUAGGGGCCCAGAGUAGGGACAGUGCUUGCCAAGGAGCCCUGUGUGCGUCCUAUGGCAGACGGCUGAGCCUUUCCUAGAGCAGCCCCCAUCCACCCCAGUUUCUGAGCGCACCACCUGACCGGAAGCUGUUCUGACACUACAUACAAACUCAGGCCAGCAUCAGACUCUGGGAAGUUCCUGUCACACGAAGGAUCAAGCUGGUCUACAUCCCCUCUAGCAGCCAAGCUAUCUUCUGCGUCUCACGGAGGACUGUGAGCCAAAUGGUUGCUGCUUUUCUAAGUAAAGUUUUACAGGAGCCCUGUCUGGCCUGCUCACUGACUGUCGUGCGGUGCCCUGGGGACAGGAGUAAACAGUCACCAUAGAACCUAAACUGCUCGUAAAGCCAAAGGCAUUUGUUGUCUGACUUUUUUGGAGAAUAAGUUUAUUUGUCCCUAAAUUUUUGGGUCUUUAGCUGACUAGCCAGAAGCAGCUUUCACCUAACUGAGCCAUAAAUUAGUUACCUGCUUUGCCCAAUCCUGUGCUUUGCUGACUCGGGUCUGGCACAGGAUCCAGAAAGCAAAAAGGAUACCGUGUUUCUCCAGGUAACUCUCCAGGAGUGGUUUCUGUGACAUGUCACUGUCCUGAUGCAAUGCCUCUGGUUCUACUGCCUGGGAAGACCUGGUUGCUCAAAAGAGGCUGACUUAAUUAACAAAGCUCUGAGUACCAGGAGUAGUAAACACUGAUAGUACCAGUCCCCAUUCAGGUGUAGGCCCUCAAGCAACACGUUUCUUCCAGCCAGUUGCUGCCCUUCAGUGUGUGAGUGAGUGAGUGUGUGUAAGUGGUGGCCAAAAGUCAUUUGUAGGUGUCAUUCGACGGGAGUCUCACCUUGGUCUGUUUUUUUAGUUUGGUUUGGAUUUGGUUUUGUUUUUUUGAGGCGGGGCCUUCACUGGAACCUGGGGCUCAUGCCUGGCCAGCUAGUCCAGAGAGUCCAUCUGUGUUUGCUUCCCUGGCACUGGGAGUAGAUGCACAUGCCAUUACGUUUGGCUUUAUGUGGUACCGGGGAUCAAAGCCAGAUGUUCGUGACUAUGUCACCUGUACUUUAUGCAUGGGCUGUCUCCCCAACUCCUGUCGGUUCUUUCACUGUCUUUGUCAUAAACUUGAAUGCCAUCGACAUCCAAAGAAAAAGAAUCCUGGUUACUUCCCACAAUUCUUGGGUUUUGGAAUCCCCAAGGAACCUCAGGGACUAUGGCAGCUUAUUAUUCCGUCGAAGAACCAGGUGUCAAGGUGUAAGUAGAGGUGGCAUCCUGCACUCAGACCCCCGAGAGCCAUGAUCCCCCUCUCCCUGACUGGUCAGAACACGUGAGGUCCUACAUUCAGAUUCUGAGGUAAACUGAUAGGAUCAUGUGCCUUACUUGGUUGUCCCAGUGAGAAGUUGACCCGAACUCCACGAACUCUGCUCAAUGGGUGACCCCAACCACCCCUGCCCAGGAUCUGUCUCCUCAGUCACAGUCAAGCAUUGAUAUUCUACCAAGACACUUCUGCUCUUUGCCCCUUCUGUCUUUGAGACUAAAGCAGCUUCAGCAGUGAGGGCUGGGGAUGGAUGUUGUGGUUAUGGCCUUUGGAUUAGGUUAGGUCAUGCAAAUUCGAAGGAGGUGACCUGGGGUUGUUCGCUUGGUACAGUGCUUGCCUAGUGUGCACAGGGCCUGGGUUCAGUCCCCGGGUUCAGUCCCCAGCGCUGUAGAAACCAAACCAGGCGUUGUGGUUCACACCUGCUUUCUGGAGGAAAAGGCAAGAGUAGAAUUUCAAGGUCAUCCUCAGCUACGUAGGGAGUUCCUGGUCAUCCUGGUUCCUCAUGAGACUCCAAAAAACUUCCCGCAUGCCCAUCAAGUAGACAGAAUGUGAAGGUGCCUACCGCAGGAACUGCAGCUGGGUGAAGG